GCGGAGGGGGUGGGGGGCUCAAGCCCUCCAUCACCAAGCAGCAUUCCCAGACUCCAUCCACGCUGAACCCCACGAUGCCCGCUUCAGAGCGGACGGUCGCCUGGGUCUCCAACAUGCCCCACCUGUCAGCCGACAUUGAGAGUGCCCACAUCGAGCGGGAAGAGUAUAAGCUCAAGGAGUACUCAAAAUCCAUGGACGAGAGCCGGCUGGACAGGGUGAAGGAGUACGAGGAGGAGAUUCACUCACUGAAGGAGAGGCUACACAUGUCCAACCGGAAGCUGGAGGAAUACGAGCGGAGGCUGCUGUCUCAGGAAGAACAGACCAGCAAGAUCCUGAUGCAGUACCAAGCCCGCCUGGAGCAGAGUGAGAAGCGCUUGAGGCAGCAGCAGGUUGAGAAGGACUCCCAGAUCAAGAGCAUCAUUGGCAGGCUGAUGCUGGUGGAGGAGGAGCUGCGUCGGGACCACCCCGCCAUGGCUGAGCCGCUGCCUGAACCCAAGAAGAGGCUGCUCGACGCUCAGCUCCUCAUCAGGUAAUUCUCCUGGUUCCGCUUUGACCACGGGCGGAGGACACUGGGGGAGGUGACUCCGGACCACUGCAGGUUGGUGGUGAAGCCCAGCCUUCCAACUCUGUGCAGCCUCUCCCUCUCACUGUUGCCCACUAUGCCCUCCUGACACCCCCUGCACAGACAGGCCCCUGCCCAAGGUACAGCCAGAGCACACCUGUGGACACCCCACACCCUUUGACGCCUUAGCAGUGCCAAACUGGAUCCUUCCAAAGACCAAGCACAUUUACAGCUUCCCCGGCUCUCUCCAAACUGGCCCGGCCAGCCACCUCCUGACACCGUCCUUCCUUUCCUCUACCUCUCCAGUGUCUGUCUGUCACCCCCCAUUUCACCAGAGCGUCCUUGGGAGUUGGGAUGUUGGUGUGGGUGUAACAGGGUGGGGGAUAUUGGGCGGGGCCAGGCUAGGGGGCCCGUGCUGACUCCAGCAGGUAGGUUGCGGUCCCCUCUUCUUGCCUAGUUCUUACCUUCCUGCUCCCCCCCCCCUUGACCUUUCUGCCUUGCACUUGUGAGGCAGAAGGGAUCUGAGGCUUCAUUAGUUACUACUGGGCAGAAGUUGGAAGUGGUCAGAUGUCAGGCUGGACCUUUCCAUGUGGCCUGUGACUUACAAGUGAGGAGAAACAGCUACUUCCCAGACUGUAUUCAAGGGCUGAGUAGCGUCUCUAGCCCCAGGCAGGGACACUAGGAACCGCGUGUUGAAGGACCUCUCAAGCUCCUGAGUUGCUAAUGCCACUCAUUUAUCCUCUCCUGCCACCCAGUAGCCUUAGGACACACACUCCUGCCUAAAAGCCGCUGAAUGGAAGCUCUCAGGACACCUUAGCCCUGAGACACAUACCUAUGGGCUGAUGUGUGGUGGGCAGUAGUCCCUCACACUGUAAUUUUAACUCUGCCUGGCCGGCCUCUCUGUCAGAGUAGUUAGUGAUCUGUAAACAGAUGCUGAAAGACACCAGGGAACUGCGCCAUUUAAAGGACUCCAGCAGUGAAUUCUUUUGUAAAAUGAAUAAUGGCACCCUAAUUUAUCCAGUUUCUAAAUUUGGGUCCAUGAGGGCGUAGGGGGCAUGCCCAUGUGUCGUCAAUGAGCAGACAGGCAGAGUGGAGGCAAUCUGAGGGUUCCUUCCCCUGUUCUGCUGCUGCAUGUACUUAGGGAUCCUACUACGCAUAAUCUCUCACGCUGGCUGGCUGGGAGAUACCCAGAUAGCCAAGAGGGCAGCUUUGACUAAGGCUGUAUUUUGGGUUGCCUUGUAACAGGUGAGUCUCUGGUUCUGGUAGGGAAAGCUGACCUUGGAAACCUUCAAUUCUUGUGUCCUUUGGAAACAGGGUCAGAUACAGGUAGCUACAUGCUGCCCUACCUAGUCUUGUGGCUCAAACAAUAGUUUGUAUAUUUGUUCCAAACUAUUUGUAGGCUUUGGUCCUACUGCAGCCCAGCUAGUAAAAAUAAACAUUAGUUAGUAGUGGCGCGCACGCCUUUAAUCCUAGCACUCGGGAGGCAGGUGGAUCUCUGAGAGUUUGGAACCAGCCUGGUCUAUAGAGUGAGUUCUGGGACAGCCUCCAAAGCCACAGAGAAACCCUGGCUCGAAAAACCAAAAAAAAAAAAAAAGUAGUUUUGGGCUAGAGUUUUAAAAGCCAAGUAAGUGUCCAGAAGUGUGGGGGACUCAGGUGGUCUUCUCUCCCUGAGGAGAGAAGGUUGGGCUGAGGGCAGGAACCAGGAAGUUGGUCCCAGAGCCAUAGAAGGUUCAGAAACUAGGUACAGGAGUGGCACAGGGUCUGCUGCUCAAACGGGAAGCCUGUGGAGAGAGGUGCUGCAGAGCAUGGAGGGGGCCGUGGCAGGGGACGGAGCCGGGGCACAAACCAGUGCUUCUCAGCCUGUGAAAGGGCUACAGAUCUGAUAUUUAUGAUUCAUAACGGGAGCAAAAUUGUUAUGAGGUAGCAACGGAAAUAAUUUCACGGUUGGGGGUCAUCACAACAUGAGGAGCUAUGUUAAAGGGUCGCAGCGUGAGGAAGGCUGAGAACCACUGGUCUAACCCUUUCAGUCACUCCUACCAAGCCAGAGAGGAGCCAUUUCCCUUCCGUCUGCAGUGCGGUUGGUUACCUCUCUAAUGUGGGGUGCCGUAUUUGAGAGGCCCACUCUGAGUAACUGACAAAAGCGAAUGCCAGUGUCUAGUUAGUGAAAUGUCUGUCUUCCAAACACAGUAAGUAGAACUCUAGUCUGGGCCUCUAGAGGCCCCAGGGAGCGUAGCUUGCCCGGGUAGCUUAAGUCCCGCCCACAGGCAUUCCCACCGGUUGCUUAGCUCGCCUUUCUUCACAGAUAAUGGAAACUCAAGCCCUGGCUUUGUUCAAAUGAUGAUCUGUAGGGGAUCGGAUUAAUGAGGUCCUCUGUACUGCCUCCCCUGGUUCCUCAGCGCCGAGGUGGCCUGGGGUGCGGGUGCCGGGAGGGGGCUCCACGGGGAGGGCUGG